AUGCAAGGGUACUUAGUUGAAGGCAAGGAAAUUAAUAAUGACUAUUCGUAUCAAUGGUUAACAGGCAGUCCUGACUUAGUGGCAAUUGAAAGAGGAAUACCAAUACUGCAUAUCAAUUCGGAAAUACAAAAAAGAGAUUUAGAAAUGGAAUUUAGAAAGUUGUUACGUAGAUUGACAGAAACCUAAUUUCACAAUGAAAAUCUGCAUGAUUUUCAUCCAGACUUAUAGAAAUUGAAUAGAUAUAAUAACAUUAUACCAUUCAAACAUUCAAUUGUCAAGCUCAAAUAAGAAGGAGAAGAUGAAGAAAAUUAUAAAGAUACUUAUAUAAAUGCCAAUUUUAUUAAUCUUAUUAAUGGAAAGGAAAAAAUGAUUAUUGCCACUCAAGGUCCUUUAAAUUAGACGUUCUGGCAUUUCUGGAGAAUGGUGAUUUAAGAAGACAUGGCUAUGAUUGUUAUGCUCUGCAAUUUAAGAGAGAAUUAAAGAGCUUAAUGUGAGUAAUAUUGGCCGAAGAAUGUUGGGGAAUCAAUCCAGGUUGGAAAUAUAUAAGUUAACUUACUCAGUCAGGAUGAUUUGGGAAACAAUAUCAUCAAAAGGGUAGUUAAAGUUACAUCAGAAUAAGAAGAGAAGUCAGUAAUUCAAAUUUAAUGGUGUGGCUGGCCUGAUUAAGGAGUACCAUCUCCUAGUGAUUUUGAUGUUAUGAGAGAACUUUUGAAUAUGAUUAACGAGAAAUUGUUAUUGGAUCAAAAAGUUGUUUUUCAUUGCAGUGCUGGGGUUGGUCGUACUGGUACUUUAAUUGCUUUGGCUAAUUUGAUGAUUUUAUUAAGAGCAUAUAAAUAGCAUAUUGGGGAGGACAAAUAAAAAUUGGAAGAAAAUCCUGAACUUUUCAGAAUCUCAAUCUUUGGGAUUGUUCGUAGAUUAAGAGAACAAAGAUGGGGAAUGGUUCAUACUUCAGAGCAAUACAUAUAUAUAUAUAAAUUUAUUAAUGAGGCUGUUAAAUCUAUGUUUAACGUAUGA